AUGGCGGGGAGGAAGGACUUACCGCGAGGGCUCUCGGCUCGUGGAUGUGCUGUUUAUUUCGACAAUUACUUCACAACGCCGGAUUUGAUUAGGCAUCUUUGUGAACAUUACGGGAUUUUCAGCCUCUGCACUAUACGGCAAAAUAGACUGAAGGGUUGCUGCAAAUUGUUAAGUUACAAAGAACUCAAGAAAAGAGGCCGAGGUUCAUUCACCCAAGUUGUAGAUGACGAAAAAAAGAUUACCAUUGUCAAUUGGUACGACAAUAAAGUUGUGACUUUAGCUUGUUCUUAUGCCGAUGCUUACCCAGUUCAAGAGAUUAUUAGAUUGAGUAAAGCACAGAAAAAGACAAUUAGUGUCAACAGUCCACACUACAACCAACAUAUGGGAGGCGUUGAUCUGUGCGACAUGUUAAUAGCCCUUUACAGAACAUCUUUCAAGAGCCAUCGUUAG